AUGGCUCCCAUCACUAGGUCAUCUGUCCAUGGAAGACCUACAGACCGGUCGCAGGACCGAUUCGAGGAGCCCCUCUUGCCCAGUGACGAGGAAAUGGCCGACAACUAUGAAGCCGAGUCUUCACAGGAAGAUCCUCAGUCCCCCUACCAAUCUACUGCACAAGAGAUUCUUCGACCUCUGCAAGACACCGCCGAUCGAGUAAGCAAGCAAGUCGAGGAGUUUGCCAAAGCACUGGACAAAUUUGUGGCCAAUCGAGAGCCCACUGAUGGCUCACUCUGGGAAGAUGCUUUGGUACUGUUGGACCGCUACAGCAAGAUUGCUCAAAUCAGGAAAACAAUCACAGCGGCCGAUGACUCGGAUUCCCAGACGCAGACGCAGACACAGAAGGUCCUACUGGAAUCCGAUCUAUGGGGGCUAAUUCGAAACUUGCUGUAUUGCAACUCUCCUGACACGCUCAACAGCGCCCAGAUUGCUCAAGAAUCAAGGCUAGGGGGUCUUCACCGCUAUUCAGGCAACAUCGAACUGUGGACAGCCUUUCUGGACUCUGACGUGGUCGCCCAGCAAUAUGAAUGCAUAUUGGCAUGGUUGCAAGACAGAGCAGCUGAUACUUCGCCGCCUAUUCAAACCCAACUUAAGACCCUGCUGGAGAAAUCGGAGCGAGGGGAGGGCGUCUGGAGUGCUGGACCCGUCUACACACAGACUGCGAUUAAGCAACAGAAACGAACCCGAGCCUUGUCAGGGCCGCUGGACCCUUCAAUCCAAAAUCUUAACCGCUCUCAUGCGCGGAAAGGCGAUCGCAAAUCCCUCGUUGCACAACUGGAUCCUGAUUCUCGAACCCGCGAGUCGGCUGUGCUACAGGAAGAGGACGAGUAUUACGAGCAGGCGGCUUGGCGAACUUGUUGGGAAAUGCUGCGGCGGGGUCAAACAGGCGCAGAGAUUCAGUCAUGGUGGGCGGAACGGAGAGAGGUAUGGCGGUAUGCCGUCGUGCGAGGCUGCAGCCCGAAUAUGGGUGAGAUGGCAAAUUCACCGUGGCUUCGUAUACUCAACCUCGCAUCGAACGCAGAGUGGUCGGAACGUUGUUACAGUCUUACUCGAAACCCAGCUAUUCUUGAUGUCUACCAAAAAGCCGUCUACGGUGUCCUUUGUGGUGAGAUGGAAGUCUCCAAGUCGGCGGCAAAAACGAUCGAUGACCACCUCUUUGUCAUCUUCAAUGCCCUUCUGAUCCAGCGAUAUCAACACUACAUCCAAGCUUAUCGACACAAACUGGGCAACCCCGAGGCCAUUGUAUACCAUCCGCAACCUUCGGCAAUCACUCAGAUUCGACAGUAUGCCGGCAAGGCUCCCUCAGAGCCGACGACCAAGGACGAGACUCAUCUCCCGCACAAGCUGUUGGAAUUGACUAUUGUGUCAAAAGACUUCGACACGUUUUUUGUUGGCAUGGGAAAGGCUGCUGCUCAGGUGGCCCAUGCCACCGGUCUAGGAUCACACCUCAUGAAAGACAACGAUGAUGAUGUCAGUGAUGUUGCUCGGAUAAACGCUCAAGAUCAAGACUCCGUCCGCAUGGUUGUUCACCUGCAACUGUUACUCCGGGCGCUGGGCUUCCUGGAAUCGUCCUACACGAGCCAUGAGUAUGAGAUGGAGAACAAUAUCGCCAGUUAUAUUGGCUGGUUAGAACGCGAAGGCAAGUUCUCCUUGCUUCCUCUGUACGGCUCCAAAUUGUCCGAACAGAGAAGACCGCGCGUUCUAGGAGCAAUUCUGAUCAACGUGACGGAUCGUCGAGAGCGUGAUUUGCAAGUCAAGCUCAUGAAACAGUACCACAUCGAUAUUUCAGAGGUUGCAUAUGGUAUUUUCUGGCUUGCCAAUAUGGAUACAAUCAAAAGACUUCGCAACAUGACGGAAAUCCCGACCCCGCCCCGGAUUACAGUCCCAGGGGCCACGACCAGCACAGCCCAGCUCAGAGUCCGCCCAGGCUUAAUGGCCGGGGAGGUUUCGGAUGCGGAUGACAAGAUUAUUCGAAGUGUGGAAUGGUAUCGAUAUGUGGAUGCGGAAAACUGGGGAAGUGUCGCCUGGUCUGUGACCGUUCUGUACAAAAUGUUCCUGGUGGAGGGAAACUUUGUGGCUUUGCGCCAGCUACUGGACCGCGCCAGCUUGUCGGAGAUUUCUCUCGCUGCUGUUGGGAUGAAUCUCAACUUUGCGGACGACGAGCCCCCCGCAGACGACGAGAAAGGUGAAGACGAGGAAACGGAUGACGAUCACAUUCAACCCAUCAGCCCGAGCCGCAAGCGAAAGGAUCCGAUGCCCGAACAUCCCUUGGUAAAAGCAGGCACCGAUCGCGGAACGUUAGCAUACAAAUCUCUGGUCUGGCGGCAACUGGAGCAGCUUGUCGCUGCUAUCGACAGCCUAGAUGUCUUCCAAGAGAUCGCCGACAAUCUUGAAGCGAAUCGAAUGAACCCGGCAGCAGUACGAUCGUGCAAGCGUGACAUGAAGAAGGCGCUUGAGGACGUGCGGCAAGUCAUGCAGCCUCUGUUUGACCCAGAGUUCUUGUGCCGGUCUCAGGAUGAUAUGGAAGGGGUUUUACUGACAGCCCUCCGCAACCAUUACAUUCCCGAAUGUAUCCUAGCUUACAACAGUGUCUUGUACUGUGCAGGACACUAUGUUUCUCGGGUGUGGUUGGUCGAGUGUUUGGAACUCUCCCAGCUAGUUGCGCAAAACCCCACGUUGACGGACGCUUUCGUCGAGGGUGGCCGGAUGAAGGAACUUGUCAGGGCGUUUGCACUUGACAGCCGGGCGCUGCUGGAAGCAACGGAGCAGAGCGGAUCGAAGACUAAAAAGAUCAAGGCGGAAAAGGGAAACAGUGACAUCUGGAAAGUCAGCUGGAAGCAACAAGGCCCCGUUGAUCUGGAGGCCCUGGAUUGA